CAUAUUGACAAUGUGGCCAUCCAACUGUAAUUCUUCCUCAGCACCGCCUUAUGUUAACAGCAACCAGAGAACAGUCGAGGCUCCGAGACGCACUAUAUAGACAUUGAUGGGGUCGCAGAGGUAUUAUGCGAUCUACAACAAACUUGCUGAUGAUACUAGCAUUGAAUAUUAUUUGCUGUGAAACACAGCGAAACCACUAUUUGUCCGGGAAGCGCCGGAUUUCGCCAGCGAAGAAGUCCUGUUUUUAUGAUAAUCUGUACCAUGGAUCAUUCACAUCCAAAGUCCUCAUUCAACAAACCGACUCUGCCAAUCCUUCACUAGUUGAUCCUUACCUGGAGGAUAGAGAUGAGUAUAUCAUACACUCACCCAUGACCGUAAAGGUCAAUUUGUUAGUAAUAGAAGAACAGGUAAACUACUACCACGGACAUAUAUCAAUAAAGAUAGGGCAAUGCUAGAAAGAUGUGUCCAGAGCGAAAUCAUGAGGCGUAAAAUAGAUAUAAAAACGGGGGUCACAAUGUAGCAAGAACGAGAAUGAAAUCCAAUAGAUUGUAAAUACUAAUACAUGUAGGCAAUUACGUGUAGAUCAAG